UGCAUUGCGUGAGGUUGUCACGUGAUCGUAGUCAAUAUAGCGGAAUACGUUCUCCCCUUCAGAAGCUGUUAUGUAAGACUCAGGUCGACGUCAUGCAGUUGGUUUAAAACGGACAGUGUCUAUAGACGGUAGACGUGGUGAGAAGUGAACCAGUCUGAGGGAGUCAAACAUCGACAUGAGUCAGGACUCUGACUUGGAGGAUGAUGGCUACACCUGCAUGGAGCUGCCCACCCUCAUCAAGCAGCUCAAAUCUGUGCUGGACCAGUAUCCUGAUGAUGGGCAGAUACUUAAGGAGCUGAUCCAGAAUGCUGAAGAUGCCGAUGCCAGUGAGAUGCGAAUCCUGUAUGAUGCACGAGAUAUCAAGCCUCAAGUUGAUCCAAAGAGGCAGUACCUGGCAUCUUUACAGGCCCCAGCCCUGUGUGUGUACAACAAUGCCUUGUUCACAGAAAAGGACUGGGUUGGAAUCAAGAUGCUACACAAGAGCAUAAAGGAGGAGGACCCACUCAAAGUUGGUCGCUUCGGUCUGGGGUUUAAGUCAGUGUUCCAUAUAACAGAUUUCCCCUGUAUCCUAAGUGGGGACACUGUGUUAUUCAUCAACCCCCAUGUGAAGAAUCUGGACAGAGUCUGCUACAUGAAGAAACUCUGCAGUCUUCCUAGAGAGACCACGCAGACCAUCCUACAGAUCCUAAGUGGGACGUUCGGCUUCACAGCUGAUGUAGCUGAAAGAGGUUAUUACAAAGGAACUAUCUUUUGGUUCCCCCUCAGAGUUAAGACGUCAGAUCUGUCAGACAACUGUUACAAUGAGAAGAAGGUGACAGAUCUCUUUCAGGCCUUCAAAACAGAAGCUUCCAUUACCCUCUUGUUUCUGAAGACCAUGGAGAAGAUACAGUUGUACCAGAGACUGUCAGAAACUGUGAACAUUGACUUCACUCUUCAACUGUCUCCUGCCUGUCUCCAGCUGGUCAGGCAACAGAAACUCCGGUUCAUCAGUGAAGUGAAGCAGUUAAAUGGAAGAAUACCACCAUCAUCAAUAGAGAGGAAGCUUAACUUGACUGUGGAAAUGCAGGAUGUUGCAAGGGAUAAAUCGGCCCAGGAUUGGAUUGUGAUAAACUUUUACAAAGGAGGAGACAUGAGUGAUCAGUUCAGACAACUGUGCAGUGAUUCCAGUCUUUCCUACUCCCCCUAUGUGGGUCUGGCUGUUCCUGUAGGUAAAACAUGUGAAGGUCAUGUGUUCUGUUUCCUCCCUCUUCCCCUGGAGAGUCACAGUCCCACAGGGCUGCAAGCUCAUGUGAAUGGCUUCUUUGCCUUGAGUCAGAACCGGAGACAUGUCAAGUGGCCAACAGCAGAUCAACUGCAGAAUCAGUCCCACACAGACAAGGCUAUUGAGUGGAACAAGUGUCUUGUGAGUGAAGUGCUGCCAGAGGUGUAUUGUAACUUACUGAGACAUGUUAUUAAAUACUCUACUGAACAUGGAAAUUCAGACAAAAUGAGGCAGGAUGUUUAUAGAAUGAUACCAGCAGUUGUUGAUGUUGAUGUUAACUGGAGGCCACUUCUCUCCCUGUUCCAUGACCAGCUGUACCACAGUAUACCAUUCCUGUUUACUCCUAUCAACAAUGGGAUGUGGAUAAAGCUGCAGCAAGGCUUCCUGGUGGAUGAGGACAGUGAGAUUAGGUCAUUGAUUGCUGAUAUAUUUACUUUGUACAACAGGAACUUUGUACCAGUACCAUCAGCACUAUCGAGGGCUUUACAAACACAUUUUAGCAGAGAGACAAACUUUGUCACAGCUAAAACUAUCUGCGAAACACUGAGAUCAGAUGAUAAUUAUACAUCCCUUCCAAGACAGAAGAAGCUCGCUCUUGUACAACAUCUCCUCGAGUCAGAUCAGUAUGAGCUUCUGAAUGGCCUUUAUCUGCUACCAGUUGCUGAUGGAAACUUUGCACAAUUUGGGACAUGUGAUACAGUGUUUUGUGACAACCCAGCUGAAGUUGAACUCUUUCCAUGUCUUAAUCAUCAGUUCGCUUCAACAUGCCUCCCUAGCGAUUUACACCAACUCCUGAAGAGGCGAGCAUCUGAUGGGGUGCUUGGGCUGUCACUGAUGACUCCAGGCAUGUUUCCAGAGGUACUACGCAAAUGUCUACUCCUGCAUUUUCCUGGAGGUAAUGCUGAGCUUCCUUCACAGUAUUUGAACCUCAGCUGGUUGAAACAAGUGUGGAACUAUAUUACAGGGCAUGGGCUCAAUGUUCAGUCCACACUCAGAGAACUCCAGAUCUUGCCUGAUGUUGACAUCUGUGGGAGAGGAAAACUACACUGCUUUGAUAAUGUGUUCAUAGCUCAGUCCAUCAGCAACAUGGAAUCACUGCCAUCAAAUGUCGGUAGUGCACUGCAGAAGUUAGAUAUUAUCUAUCUAAAGCAUGUGCCUGACUUUGUUCUUCAGAAUCCACAUGUCCUUGGGAAGGUGAUCCAAUACCCAACACAAGCUGGUGUUAUGAGAGCCUUUGAGAAAGUUUGUGAACACACUAGCCUACACACAGCUGUACAGAGAUUCAACGCCAGGGCCCAGAGACAGGAAAGAAAGGCCUUGGUGGACUACAUGGGCCACUGUCAGAUAUCACACAAGACCAUGGUGGUGUUGAAGAAGUUGGCAAUAUUUCCUGCUACAGACAACAGUGACUGUGCUGUGGAAUCUCAGUUGACUCUUGCACCGGAUGAAAACAUACCAGUACCAUAUCCAGUGAGAUACAUGCAGUGUUCAUCUCGUACAGUGAAGAGCCUUGCACAGAAGCUAGGUGUAUCACAAGAACCUCUUCUUAAUGUCUGUCAGCAGAUUCUUAGCAUGAUGUUGCAAAGAAAUUAUUUAUAUACAGAUAAUCAAAUCACAGAUUUUAUAGAGUUUCUUAUGGAAAGUCGUCCAACCAUCUUAGAAAACACAAAAGAGGUUGUUUCAGAGAUUGAUUUUUUGUCAUCUAGAGGUGGGUGUGUUGGCUUGAGAGCGUGUGAUCUCUUUAGCCAUGAAAAUGAUUUCCUUAGAAAGCUGUUUUCUAAAGAGGACAAAUUCCCACACCAGCGACAUACAAGGACAGAAACACUGAAGAAAGGUCUCAAGAUUAUUGGUCUUAAAACAGAGAAAGAAAUUUCAGAAAGUGACAUUGUGACAUCUGCAAAGAAAAUAGAAGAAUUGGUUCAUACUGGUAUGAAUUCUGAUGCAAAGUUGAAAGCAUCAGCACUGAUUGACUGCCUAGAAUGGAACUUGAAGCGAUUCUCUAAAGUGUUGCUUUCUGACCUUAAAGUGCGAAAGUGCAUUCCAUGUAUGCAGCGAAAACCAGCCACAUAUCCACCUUCUUUGACAUGGAAAGGAGAUUCAAGUGGUGCCCUUUUGUGUUCAUAUGAUGUGUACAGUUCCAAAUAUUCAUCUGUUAUUGGAUCUGUUAGUCCUGUUGCAAGUGCCAUGCCUGAAACUGUUCAGCAUUUUUGGGGACUGAGCAGACAUCCUGAACCAUAUGAAGUAAUACAGCAUCUGAAAAAUAUGGGAAGCGUCUACACAAGUAGAGAACAUAACCACUUCAUAGACUUGUUGAACAGCAUUUACAUCUUCCUACACUCCCAGAGUUUGUCAAACACAGACCAGGAGAUGAUGGCAUCUACACGAUCUGUCUGGGUAGGAAUAGAAGAAGGAUUCCAGUAUCCUAAGUCAGUCUACAUACCGGGGUUCACUGACUUGGAUCUGAAACCAUACAGAUAUCCUCUGCCAUCUCUGCUGAGUGACUGGAGUUCAUUAUUUCAAGACUGUGGGUGCCACCCGAGUCAGACACCUCACAUGUUAACUGGUGUCCUGGAAGAAAUAAAAGAAAAGCAUGAUGGCUUUAAAACUUCUAGCACAAAGAGACCAAUUGAUGUACAGAAUGACUUGAAACUUAUUCUGCAGAUACUAAAUGAAGUGAAAAAGUUCCAACCACUGCCUGACACAGUAUACCUUCCAGUCCAUCAGAAAAGUGAUGAGUUCCUCUGCCUGCUUCCAGUAGGACAGUGUACCUACUGCAAUGCAGAUUGGCUCAAGGAUCAGACUUCUGAUGAAACAGAGGAUGAUGAUGAUGGAAUAUUCUUUGUCCAUCCCAACAUAUCUGAGAAUACAGCACAACAGCUUAGUGUUUGUUCCUUGACUGAGCGUGUAAUGGACGACACUGAUGACUUUGAUAUGGAGUAUCAUCAGUCAGAACCCUUGCCUCGCAGACUUAAGAAUUUGCUUCGGGAAUACACUGAUGGGUUUUCAGUCCCAAAGGAAUUGAUACAGAAUGCAGAUGAUGCUGGGGCUACAGAAGUUUGCUUCAUGCAUGAUGAGAGACAGAAUCAAGAUUCAAGAACAUCUCUUAUGAAUGAGAAUAUGGCUGCACUUCAGGGCCCUGCAUUUUGGGCCUAUAAUAAUUCAAGCUUCAAAGAGAGUGACUUUAAUAACAUAAAGAAACUCAGUGGAGCAACAAAAGAAGAGGACACAACCAAAGUAGGCAAGUUUGGAUUAGGAUUCAACUCUGUUUACAAUCUAACAGAUGUCCCAAGUUUCAUCAGCGAGAACAAUAUGGUGAUUUUUGACCCACAAAAGAAGCAUUUGGGGAAACCUGGAUUGAGAGCCAACUUGAAGAGUGUCAAAAACCGUAGAAUGUUAAGAAAAAUGAGUGGCCAGUUCAAGCCAUUCGAGGGGAUAUUUGGUUGCCAGUUCAGAAGACAAACACCCGGUGAGGCAAUAUGUAAUGGCACACUAUUUAGGUUCCCUUUGAGAACACAAGAUCAAGCAUUAGUAAGUGAAAUAAAGGACUUGUCAUAUUCAGCACCUGAGAUGGGGGAAUUUUUCAAAAAGUUUGCAGAAAGUUCUGGAAAUCUUCUUCUUUUCACACAGAAUGUCUCAUCUGUCAAGUUUUAUCAUCUACCAACCAAUGGAGACCCAAAGCAUCCUGAACUACUUCUCCAUGUGAAGAGAGCAGUUCAAAACCAAACAGUCCUGUCCCCUUUUGGCUCAUCAUUGACUGGACACAGUGUCCUAUCAUAUGCAGCAGAGGAGUGGAAAAAACAAACUGGUGUGAGUCUCAAGAUCAGAGAGAGAACUGACAUCCAUCUCCAAACAUUGGAUGCUGGUAUGACAAGGAAGCUCAAGUGUGUGGCCAGUGUGAACAUUAUUCCAUGGCUCAUUAUGUGGGUUACAGGUCAGAGAGAGUCUGAAAGCUUUGCUCGGUCUGGAAAACUGAAAGGAUUGCUCCCAUUAGCAGCUGUUGCCCUGCCACUGAAGGUGGAAGAUGGGAGAAAUGGAGUUUAUGAGAUGAAUGAAUGCCCAGCAGGAUUCUACAGACAAGGACAUUAUUUCUGUUUUUUGCCAUUACCAGUGCAUAUUCCAUUUCCAGUCCACAUCAAUGCAACAUUUGCUCUAACAUCAGACAGAAGACAGCUAUGUACUAAGACUGAUGACGACAAGGUGCUCCAUGAAGCUGAUUGGAACCAUGCAUUGAAUCAGGAUGCAGUUUGCAGAUCGUAUGUGUCUGCACUUGUUGAGAUUCCAGUUGACCUCACAUCUCAUAUAUCAUCUUUCUAUCAGCUAUGGCCACAUACAUUUCAAACUGAAGAGCCCAUGGUGAGAAGUUUCUACAAAGUAGUUGCUCAGGAAGAUGAGCAGGUGUUUCUUUUCUCUCAUAAUGACAUAGUCAAGAGAACAAGUUUUCACAGCAUCAGAUUUCUUGACCCCAAGCUUCACUCUGAUGCAGUUACAGGGAACAUAGCAUUCAAAGCAGCUGUGCACUUCUGGAAUAGUUCAGAUGAAGAUGUAGUUGAUAUCCCAAGCAGAAUUUUAGAAAGCUUCAAAGCUUCGAAUCUCUCGAAUAUUUUAGGAUCCAGAUGUAUAUCAACUUUUGAUUUUUUUUCAACUGUUUUCUUCCCAAACAUUAGUGAUGUGUAUUGGACAACAGAAGACAGGGAUAAACUAACAAAAUUUGCUUUGAACUCAGAAGAUUCUAACAUCUAUGACCUGAUCAAAUCAACAAUGUGUAUUCCAUCACGGCCGCAUGGUGUGCUUAAACUACCGAGGCAACUUGUGCACCCACAUGGACAGUGUGCUGUCAUGUUUUUGGAUGGAGAUGGAUGUUUUCCAACAGGAACUAGUUUGCAAGGUUUCGCGGAGCCAUGUCUAUUAGUAAAACUCUGUGAACUAGGAAUGGUAAGGGAUGAUCUCCCAGGUGAGUCUCUGCUUGAGAGAGCUCAGUCAGUGGCUAGUCUUCACCAGAUACAACCACAAGAUGCAGUGAAAAGAUGCUGGAAGAUAGUUGACUACAUUUCAUGGACUGAAUAUUCCAGUAGAGAGUUAUCAAUCAAGCAGCGUAUCACCAAGUACCCGGAUGAAACAAUACAAAAGCUGAAAGAAAUUCCCUUCUUGCCUAUUAUGCAGCACCCUGAAACAUGGCCAUUGUCAUGGAAAGCAGAUGAAAUUCCAAACCAGGUCUUUGCUAAAGCAAGUGAAAUGUUUGUCAGCAAGGUUUUGAAUUUGGUGGGCUGUUCAGAACUUGUCAUUGAUUGCAGUUACAGUGACUCCUUGAAACAUGAAAAGGAUGUGUUAGCUCUGCUUGGACUCCGGCACAAAGAUAAAAUUGAUAGUGAUGUAGCAGCAAGACAACUGUUAAAUGUUGCUGAGAAGUUCAACAGUACAAUAAGCCCAUCAUUGCUCAAGAAAUUAAGUGACAUGUGUUUUGACAUAUAUGCUUACUUGAAACGUUGCUGUGAAGAAACAGAAAGUGCAGAUAAUAUCAAACACAGAGACACAACACUGGAAACACUGAGAAAGGAGUGUGUCAUAUUGGUUGGAGAACAAAUGGUGAGACCUCAUCAGGUUGCCUUUCAGUUGUCCCAGGAUCUGUCCCCUCAUCUGUAUCAAGUUAACCCAACUCAUAAGAUAUUUAGACAGUUAUUUGAAGUUUUAGGAGUGAAAGAGAACUUUGAUGUGCAGGACAUUUUACAUGUUGUUCGAUCUAUCUCUGAUGAUACUGUCCAGGAGAAGCUGUCAAAUGAAAAUCUGACAUGUAUUGAGAGACUGAUGAAUGUUUUGAUUGACAUCUUACCAGAUUGCUGUGACCAAAGUGACAUACCAGACAUAAUGCUUCCAGACAGACAUGGUUUUCUAUGCAAGGCAUCAUCACUUUGCUUUGAUGACUGUGAUUGGGUUGAUGAAGAUGAUUCCAUGAAGUUUCUUAACCCUAAAAUACAUCCAAUGGCAGCAAAAUGGUUUGGAGUGAAGGGUAAAAGAGAGGCUGACCUCAGUGACCAUAUUUCGUCAAUUGAAUCUUUUGGGCAAAGUGAAAAACUUACUUCAAGAAUAAGGCGAAUCCUAUCUGGCUACCCCUGUGACAAUUCUAUAAUGAAGGAGUUGCUACAAAAUGCUGAUGAUGCUGAUGCCACAGUACUGAUGUUCAUCAAAGAUUUUAGAUCUCUCCCAACAAUGCAGGUAUUUGGUGAAAAUUGGCCAUCUCUACAGGGUCCUGCACUGUGUGUCUACAAUGACAGCUUCUUUACAGAUAAAGAUUUUGCUGGCAUUAAGCAUCUUGGAGAAGGUAGUAAAGGGGACGACCCAUUGAAAACAGGGCAGUAUGGGGUUGGUUUCAAUGCAGUUUACCACCUGACUGAUGUACCUUCCUUCAUGACAGUUGGUCCUGAAACAGGCAAAACUAUCUGCGCUCUGGAUCCACAUGUCAAGUAUGUUCCAUGGGCCACAUCCAAAAAGCCAGGUGUGAAAAUAAAAGAUCUAGAUAAAUUAAGAGUGAAGUAUAAAGAUGUUUUUGAAGGAUAUCUUGAAGGAUGUGUCCCACUACAAGAAAAAGGGACAAUCUUCCGCUUUCCCCUGAGAACUGAAGCUAUGGCUGAGGAUUCCUUAAUUUCAAAGAAGGAAAUAACAACAGACAUGAUAACAAAUCUUCUAGAGGAGUUCAAAAAAGAUAUGUUUCAUUCACUUCUAUUUCUUCACAAUGUGAAAAAAAUAGUGAUUGCAAGCAUAUUAGCAGAUGGAGAAUUGUCAAGUGAAUAUUCAGUUCAAAUGAAAAUGACAGAAACAGAUGCAAAAAAACAAAAGAAAUUUAUGGAAGACAUAAAAAGUCAAGCUGAAGAAAACAAAAAGGAUGGUCAAAUUUGGCUUCCUGGAUUAUCACCCAAGGAAGUGAAGCUUUCACUCCAGGUAGAAGAUUCUGUAGGCAAGGAGCAGCAAUGGCUAGUUGUUCAUCAAAGUGGAUUCAUCAGUGACAAAGAUAUUCCUGUCUCUGUCUCUUCAUCCUGGGCAAGAGGUGACAUUGGUCUUCUUCCAAGAGGAGGCAUUGCAGUGCCGAUACCACCUAAAUCAGCCCAUUCCAGAUCAACUAUUGAAGGAAAAGCAUUUUGUAUUCUACCUCUACCAGUGUCAACUGGCUUACCUGUACAUGUGAAUGGGCACUUUGCUCUGGACCAUGAAGCAAGAAGGAACCUGUGGAAUGGAGCACAAGACUAUAGGUCUGACUGGAACAAACACAUCGUGGAGGCUAUAGUCAUUCCAGCAUAUCUAUCAGCAAUGGAAACAAUGAAAACCAAGAUGUACUGCACACAAGAACUUAAAGUAAAGGAUCUUCAACAAAAUCUGAAUGAUUAUUAUCUGUUUUUACCAGAUAUCUCAGAAGCAACAGAUAUUUUCUGGAAGUCUAUGUCCAUGAGUUUCUACACAAACAUUGUAGAAAGACAGAGUGAUUUAUUUGGUGUUAUAAAACCAGUAGAUGGGAAAUUCUGUGAUCAUCAUAAAGGCAGAACAGGUGAAAUUAAAGCUAGUGUGAUGUGGGUACCGGUAACUAAACAUGUGGGGUUUGCAGGAUAUUUUAAUAACUUGGAGUCUUACUACGAGAUUGACAGGUCACAUAUCUUUAGACAGUCACAUUCUCCAGCAGCAUCCCAGGAGAAAUAUGAAAGAGAAAAGGCAGCAGCAAGGAGAAACACCCAACAACUAAGUGAAAUUUUGCGGGAUCUCAACAUGAAGGUCAUUGAAGCCCCAUAUCGAAUCUAUGUUCAUUUUCAAGAAGCUGAACAGUCAGACAAAGUUAGCUGUGUAACACCCGAGCAAGCGCUGCACUUUUUGAAAUCACAUGCUGAUGAAAGCCAUGAUAAAUGCACACUCGGAAUUUUGCCAAGAAGGGUAGAUGAAACACCAUAUAAAUCAGUAUCAACUGUGAAACUGCUAACUGGGUUCAUCGAAAGAGCAGAUUCUUUUGCCUCAGAAAUCAGUGGUCUUCCUCUAGCAAUGACAAUCUCAACGAAGGUGGGAGUGUUCUGUAGCAGUGAACCACUGAUUGUGACACAUUUUGCUGACUUACUAACAUCUAUACCCGAUGUUGCACUUCAUCCUGAAAUAACAAAAUUCUAUUUGAAACAUGCCACACAAUCAUCUUCUCUGAAGGAAAUGCAGAUUGGAACAUUUGCCUCAAUGCUUCCAGACAUCCUGGUUCCCGAAAUAUUUUCUUGCAAAUCGUGGAUACCAUGGGAACAGAAUCCUGAUUUUCCCUCACGUCACUGGAUAGCUCAAUUAUGGAAAUACCUAAAAGAAGAGGUCAGUAAAAGUUCAGAAAACAAACAAAGUGAAGGAUGGUUAAGAAAUCAGUUGGAACCAAUAUCACUGUGGUGUUUAUUGCCUGCAACAAGUGAGAACUUGAGGUUCUUUCUCUACACCAUCAAAGAUUCCUCUAAACUUAUUGACCUGAACAGUAUCACAGAUAGGACAUGCGCUAAAGCAUUGCGAAAAAUGAAAAUUAAUCAUUUUGAUCAAUUGAUGUUUUAUGGUGAGAAGUUGUUUGAAGCUGCUGAACUUUGUCAAAAAUUGGUGGCAAACUGGAAAAAUCCUGAUGCAGUUCUCUUUGCUCUCUCCACAGUGCACUUUUCAGAAUGUGAAUCAGUUUCAGAAAUGGAAGCAGAGUCAUUCUUGUACUAUUUUUGUAAGAAUUUAGACAGUUUGAACCAAUCACAAAACUUUCCCAACCCAAUGGCAAGGUUAAAGAGUCUGCCAUUUUUCCCUACAGUGACAAGUAAACUGGUUCCAGUAGUGGUGGAUGUGUAUGUAGUGAAAUCCUCAUCCAUGCUACCUAAGGAUGGCCUGGACCACUGGAGUGCACUAACUGGGAGAACUCUCAUCAAGUACAAUGAAAUGCUAAAUGAGCUGUUCAAGUACAUGAGUGUACCGACACUGACACUGACACAAGUGUACUCUGAUUUAUUGAUACCAGGCUUCCAUCACUUUCCAAGCAGUGUUAAACCUGUCCAUCUCAAAUUCAUCAAAGAAAACCUGCUUAUGAAAUCUGAAAACUACAGUGAUGAGCAACAGCAGUUGAUAAAACAGUUGAAAGAUUUGCCGUUCAUUGAAACAAGUGAUGGAAAGCUUCACAGAGCUAUAGAAUUUUACAGUAGAAAAGAGGUUGUAUUUGCCACAAUGUGUCCUGAUUCUGCCUUCCCGCCUCAUCCAUACGACAAAGAUAACUGGCAUAAUUUUCUUGUCCUCAUCGGGCUUCAAGCAGUUGUCAGUGUUGAACACUUUGUAACAUUUGCAGAACAAGUGGAGAGAUUAGGGUUAGAAGGAAUUUCUAAAGAUGUUGCAAAAAAAUCUCAAAUUCUUGUGAAGCAUCUUUGUAGGAGACAACACAAGAUAAACGAAGGUAUCCUUUAUAGAGUGCUGGCCAUCAAAUUUCUUCUGCCAUAUACAGUAGACAAAGAGCAUGAAACUGGAAUUGUCUUGACAAAACUCCACCCCCAAUUUCAAGCCGCAAACUCCCUAGUGUGCUAUUCUGAAUCACUUGGACCACAGCACUGCUAUUGUGUCUGGACCAGUUGCACAAUGUUCCGCACGGAAGAUGAUCCAUCUCAAUUCGAACAUGGAGACCAAAAGAAGAUUGUACUUUCACAGCUUGGGAUACCAGAUACACCUCCAGCAAACACAGUUGUUCAACAUGUACUAAAUAUCUGCACCUCGGUGACAAAGAUGCAGAAAAAACUACCAAUCCAAAGUGAAAAUAUUGUGGAAUCAUUGAAAAAAGUGAUGAAAGCUGUGUAUGAAUAUUUACAAAAGCAUGGAAUUUCAGAUAUAAUGAAGGGAAGACUGACUGCAAGCUGCACAGUAUUUUUACCAGAAGAAAAAAUCUUUGUAGCUGCAGAUACAGUAGUUACGUGCCUUAGCAAGGAUGAAGUUAUAGAUGGUUAUGUCUACUCAGGUCCACUUUGUUUUGGUGAGUUUUUCCCUGUGUUUCAAGAAUUGGGAGCUGCAGAAACUGCUUCAGCAAAAACAUUUGCCUGUGCGUUGCAGAAACUCAAAGGCCAUGUUGGAAACAAGGAAUUAAACCCAAAUGAGUUACAUGUUGCCAAAACUGCAAUGGACUUGUUAUUCAGGUAUCUUCGUAAUAACACUCGAACUAGUCUUGAUCUCUGUUCACUAUUUUUGCCAAAUUAUGACAAAAUCAUGACUCUGUCAACAAAACUAGUAUUUUCUGACAAUAGAUUGUUGAGGCAAAGGGUGAAAAAGUUAAAACUGAACUUCUUUGUAGGAUUUAAAGACAUGGAAAUUAAUGUGGUAAAUCCUUUGCAAACCAUUUCACUACUUCCACCAGAACAUAGACCUAAAAUACUAAGUGAAAUCAUGAAAGAAAAUCUGACAGAUGCAUGUAUUGGAUCAGCAUGUGAAGGAUAUAUUUCAUCUAAGGUUCUGAAUGUGCUUCAGACACCAGAAUUCAUAUCAGGACUUGUACGUCUUGUCAACCAUGAGACAACCCUGCGGGAAUUGAGACCACUGGCAAAAGCAGACUGUGAGACACUUGAACAGAGUUUGUCAAAUAUUGAGCUGUUUGAAGUUGAGGAUCUUGAAACCAUGAUCAUCUACAACGGAAGUAUUGUUGAAGGCAGUGAAUGUUCCCAGACAUGUGUACCUGAUAAGAGGGAAAAUCAAGUGUCCCUAUACAUUUCUACAGAAGCUCUGAUUACAGAUGAAGAUUCUGUUUAUUCCAAUUUGGCCUUUGAAAUCAAUGCCCUAACAGGGUACCUUCUUCGACAAGGUGUUGCAACACUUGUGAGAAUGCUGAAAUGUGAGCCACAGAUGAUACAUGAAUUAUUAGAUAAGUGCAAAAUCCUUGCUUUUGAUUAUUCCUCUUCUCAGCUGUACAGAACUGUAUUUCCACCACCAGGUACAAUCGUCCCUGAGAAAUUCCACUUCAUGUUAGACAACAGUUUUUCCUAUUUCAAGGAAAGCGAGUAUGCAGGAUAUGAAGUGUAUGACCCUCUGAUCGAUGAUGAUGUAGAUGACCUUCCUGGAGAUGUGGCAGCUGGCGUUGGAGAUGUCUUCAUGGUGUAUGUGAUUAUAAGGAAAGUUGUGACAUUGGGAGAUGCUCCUUUCCUAGCGAGAUACAUUAUUGAAGGAAAAGAUAGGACUACAGAGGAGGUAUGUGCCACUCAGCUCUACAAGUUUUUCAGAGAUAAAGAGGAUAUGCAAAUUGAAAAGAGCAAUGCAUCACCAGACUCACCCCCUGAAGCUCCAGUGGCCUUGGAGGUUGUUUUGAGAGAGAUUCGAAACACUUUAAGAGAAGCCUGGGCUAUGCUUGGUGAGAGAGAUAGGAACAGGGUGAAGAAAAGAUUGUAUAUCAAAUGGCAUCCUGACAAGAAUCCAGAUCGAAGUGAUUUCUGCAACGAGGUCUGCAAGUAUAUUGGUAUUUAUGUUGUAAGACUGGAGAAGGGACUAAGCAUUGACGAUAUUCAUGAUGAAACUGAUGGAGGUACUUCUACAGAUUAUUCCUGGUUCCACCAGUUUCAUGCCAGAACUACAAGAGAUAGAUCAUAUCAGGAGCAAUAUCAACAUUCUCACCAACAUCACUCUGGAGGAGGCAGCUAUCGAUACCAUCAGUCUACAGGAGAUUCUCAUCCAACAGAAGCUAGGAGGUGGCUGCGUCAGGCCAAGGCAGAUCUGGACGCUGGGAGAGAAGCCUUGGGUUUGUCAAGGGCAUACAACUGGAUCUGUUUCAUGGGUCAACAGGCUGCUGAAAAGGCCAUCAAGUCCCUGUUGUACAAUAAGGACUCGAGGCAAGCUGAUGCGAUUAGAACUCAUGACAUAUCCAGCCUGUCUGGAUACUUAGGUAAUCCUUCCCUGACAUCCCUUGCCUCCCGGCUGCAGAGUGUUAUACAGGACUUCAACCGCCUGCGCUACCCAGACAGACUUGCAUACCCCCGGAUCCCGGCUGACGUAUACACUCACGCUGAUGCUACACAAGCAUGUGAGUUGGCUGGCCAGAUUGUGUCUCUGGUGGAACAGCAGCUUCACUAAGGUAGGAUCUGUUGACAGAGUGACUGGAUGGUACACUGAUGAUCCAGUCGUUUCAGACAGCAGAACAGUGUCGACUUUGUAUAGGGUGGCAGUUUUCUUCAGACAGCAGGACACCUUACAGCCGAUCUUCAUACACUCUACUGAAUAUAACAUUGUCAAUUCACACACUGUAGUUUGUUGUUUUAUAUAUAUUGCUAUGUUCAGUGACACCUUAACGCUCUCCCUGCAAAUUCAAAGGAAAUGUUUGAUCCUUUAAUUUUUGUAAAGCUUGCUAAAGAUAUGGCUGUUUUUUACCGAUUUCAAAGAAUGGAUACUUUGUAUUGCUAUUUUGUUGAUGAUACAUGUAUUAUUAUAUUCAUUUUUAGUACAGGAAUAUUGUAUUUUACAGGAGGAAAUAGUAAUGUUGUGCUAUGUGGUUUCUGUCCAUCGUGUUGUGAUAGCAUCAUCCUUGUUGUCACACCUACCUAUGUUAUCCCACUCAUGUAUGCCCUUGUUGUUACUGUUAAUCCUCUACUGUUAAUCCUCCACUUGCUAUAUAUAUU